GUAUAAAUAUAUAUAAUCUCAAACUGCAAUUCCUAUAAUCCUAUCUAUACAUACAUACAUACAGAUUUUAUGUAAAAAUUAAGACGGAGUUGAUUGAACUACUCUUUCUUGUUUUCUCAAUCUUGAUUCAGCCUGCAGCAGCUGUGGAAAUUAGCAGGUUCUUGGAACUGAGAACUGAUUCUAUUAGUUGAGAAGAGGAAGAAAAGAAGGCUACUUCACAUUUCAAUAGCACAUAGUGAAAAAACAGAAAAAGGAAGAAAAAUGGGAUUCUGGACUCUAUUUGAGGUGGCUUCGAUGCCAAUAUUACAGGUUCUCUUAAUGUGUUCGUUAGGAGCUUUUAUGGCUACUGAUUAUCUCAACCUUCUGCCUGUGGAUGCUCGAAGAUCUUUGAACAAAAUUGUGUUUAUGGUCUUCACUCCUUCACUCAUGUUUGCAAAUCUUGCACAGACUGUUACCCUUCAAGACAUUAUCUCAUGGUGGUUUAUGGUUGUUAACGUCGGCAUCACGUUUCUAAUCGGAGGGAUUCUUGGAUGGUUAGCAGCUAAAUUAUUAAAACCAAAGCCACAUCUAGAAGGCCUCAUUAUUAGCAUGUGUGCAUCAGGAAACUUGGGAAACAUUAUGUUGAUAAUUGUCCCUGCAAUCUGCAAGCAGGACGGCAAUCCGUUUGGAGAUAGUUGUUCCACAGUUGGACUCUCAUAUGUUUCUUUCUCUAUGGCUCUUGGUGGGUUCUACAUAUGGACUUACAGUUACCACUUAAUCAGGUCUUCGGCCGCAAAAUAUAAGGAAACGCUAGCAGUUGAGGAGUCCUUAAAGGAACCCAACAAGGAUUUGGAGGCAAAUGAGAAGAGUCACCUUCUUGAUGGAACAAUUGAACAUGUUACAAAAGCGCCAACGAUUGAAGCUAAGAAAGAAGCAAAAAUCUGGGAACAAUUGUUGGGAUUAUUGCAUAAGAUUCUUGAAGAGCUAUUGGCUCCUCCAACCAUUGCUGCUAUUCUUGGAUUUAUAUUUGGAGCAGUUACAUGGCUCAGAAACCUCAUUAUUGGUGACAAUGCUCCACUCAGAGUAAUUCAGGAUUCAAUUAAAUUACUUGGGGAUGGAACCAUUCCUUGCAUCACUCUUAUUCUGGGAGGGAACCUAACACAAGGGUUUCGAAAGGCAAGAUUGAAGCCAGUGAUCAUAAUUGCAGUAAUAUGCGUGAGAUACAUUCUACUUCCUAUAGCAGGGAUUGGUGUUGUAAAAGCAGCUUCACAUUUAGGAUUUCUCCCAUCAGAUCCUCUUUAUCAUUUUGUGCUCAUGCUUCAAUUCACAGUGCCACCUGCCAUGAAUAUUGGUACCAUGACACAGCUAUUUGAUGUAGCCCAAGAGGAGUGUUCAGUGCUGUUUCUUUGGACGUACCUGGUUGCAGCUCUUGCACUCACUGUCUGGUCAACUGUCUUCAUGUGGAUUUUGUCCUAAAACAUAAGUUGGAGGGACAGAUAUGGAGAAACAGAUAGAGAAGCCUUAUGAGUGUAUAUAUGCCCGAUAGAAAUUAGUUAGGCAUUAAGCAUUGUUGUAUUGGGAUUCAGAAAUUCUUUUUCAGUAUUCAUUUUUUUUUUUUCUAUUUUUUAUGUAAACAUAAAGCAAUUUAUCAAUUGAGUCGAGUCUCAAAAGAUCCUUAACGGGGCUUUAGUUUGUAUUCAUAUAGAGGAGGGCCAUUAUUUUUCGUCAAAUCAAAGGAUAAACUUCAAGAAAGAAAACUGAACAAAUUCUGAUAUA